AAUUUCAAUAGCUUCACAAUUUUAUGUCGCCAAAACGACAGCUCUCACAGGAGGGUGACGAACUCCAGAACAAACGUCGCCAUUUCUUCCCCAAUAUAUCAGGGACCAGCAGAUACCGGAAUCUUGAAGACUUCGCUCCCAUGUUGGAACCCAUCAUGCGGAAUUGGGUGAAAGAGGAGGUGGACAGUGCAAUAGAUCGUGUAUUCUCGGGUGCGGAGAGUGAGAGGAGGAGUCUGCGUUUGCGGUUUGAGAGUAGGCUGCCGGCCACUAUUUUUACAGGAAACAAGAUUGGGACAAGCCCGGUGAAAAUCUCCUUGUACGAUCCAAGCUGCGACAAAGUUGUGGCAACGGGUCCGUAUUCUUGGAUGAAGGUGGGUGUAGUGGUGGUGCAGGGUGACUUCGAUGGCGAGGAGUGUUCAGCGAAGGAGUUUGACAGCAAAGUCGUGCAGAGCAGGCAAGGGAAAAGGCCACUGUUGAACGGGGAGGCGAUUGUAGCGUUGAAGGAUGGGGUAGGCUACAUCCACAACCUCUCCUUCACGGAUAACUCCAGCUGGGAUCGGUCUGGCACGUUCCGUUUAGGACUCAGAGUCCAUUCUAGUUCUAGUUCGGGUUCUGGUGAAGUGAGUGUUAGAGAAGGGGUUAGCAACGCGUUCAAAGUAAAAGAUCAACGCGGAGAAUCUUAUCAGAAGCACCAUCCGCCGCAGUUGAAUGAUCAAGUGUGGCGCUUGGAGAAGAUAGGUAAAAACGGCGCAAGCCAUAAACAGCUCACCAAACUUGGCAUUUCCAACGUUGGAGAUUUGUUGAGGUUGCUUGCCAUGAAUCCGGUCUCAGUACGCGAUGCACUUGGUAAGAAGAUGUCCAACAAGAAAUGGGAGACAAUUGUGGCACACGCUGCUGAAUGCGUCUUAGACGACAAGAAAUAUAUUUACACGAAUGCACAAGGGAGUUCCCUGAUGUUCAACUCCAUCUACAGCCUCAUUGGAGUAACAUUUGAUGGCCUCACUUAUAUCCCUAUGCAUAGUCUGCCCGCUUAUCAACGGAAAGCGGUGGAGGAGCUCAAGCAGCGAGCUUUUGAAAACUUAAGCAGCUGGGAAAUUUGUGAACCUGAUCUUAGCAUGCUUCCUCAAACUAUGGGACAAGGUGAGGUAGAGAUGGAGAUGAAUACUCAUCAUCCACCGCUCGAAAAUGUGACGUUUGAGAUGGGAGAUGCUUCACAAAUGGAAGGAUUCAAUGUGACAUUCAACAACUAGUUUUGGGUUUAAGUAACUUUGGUACUGUACGUAGUGCUGGGACAAGAUUUUGAGGAGCAUUAGCAGAAAACAAGAGUUGCAUUGGUGCACCACAAAAGUGAAGCUAGUUUUAAUUUCUGUAUGUAAGAAAAUGUUAAGAGCAGCUGAAAACAAGAUUGUGUUUCUUUUGAAUCUUCUGAGGUUUCUUCAAUCGAAUUAUGUGUAUUAAUGGUAAUUGUAAAUAUUUUGUUGUUAGU